UCUUCAGUCUUCUGUCACUUCCAUAAUUCAGACUUCCUGACAUCACUACGUAAGGUAGGUAGUUACCCAGAGGCUCAAAUUCAAAAAAUAAUUAGGUAGUCACAUGGGAGCCGCAUCAUCAUCCGUGCCAUCCAAGGCUUCCGGUUUUUGCCACAUCUGAGGCCCCGUGGGAAGGCACGGCCAUCCAUACCUGGGUAUACGAAGUACCUCGCCCCCAAAAAGUUGCCCACUUUCAUUUCAUUCUGUGCAUAUUCACGACUAUUCAUCAACAUAGGUAACUUGAAACAACAACAUUAUGGACGCCAACCUUAAACCCGUCGUCAAAUCCAUUCUCGAGGCCGGCACCAAGGCCUACAACCCCAAGCAGCCCAAGAACACCAAGGCCAUCAAGGAACUUGACGAGCUGAUCGAUAGGACCAGGACCCCCACCGCCAUAGCCGCCCUCAACAGCCUACUAAAGCCAGGCGUGGUCCCAGAAUGGUUGCACCGCCCGCUCAAGCAAAAGUUAACGCGAGUUCCGGCCGAGCAUUCAGACGGCGUUCGGGCUACACUGGAGUUCGUCGCCUCGGUCCAUCCCUCGAGCACGGUAAACGUGUCCGAGGCUGCAGUCCCGCAGGCGAAGGGAGCCAACAUCACCCACGAGACGCUCAAACUUGCCUCCUGGGCCAUCUCUAACCCACCACAAUCCAUAACCCCCGAGGCGUGGUACUCGGCCAUCGCGCCCCAGUUGUUUGUGUUGCUUGAUGGAGGCGAAGGGCCGGACUUGGUCAGGGCUGCCGCCUACAUUAUCGGUUUUGGUAUUUUGGGGAGAGGACCUUCGGGGGGCCCAGGGACCGCCGGCCACAAAUUUAUUGCAGAGCCCAUGCUAGACUACCUUAGGCCGCCUUCUCGACUCUGCCACGAGGCCGAUAUCGACGCUGGUGAAGUCGUCGACCUGAGCAAAGACAGGACUGUUGUCUCGUACGACAACCUAGCUACGGCGCUUCACCGGUUGCAUGCCGUGUUGUCCGGGCAUCCCAACCCAAGCCUUUGCCGGCGGCUCCUCUUUCAUAUGGCCCUCCCACUCUGGGCUCUUGCAUCCUGGCCCACGCCGUCGCCGCCCGUUGCAGCCAAGGUGUGCACACCCGCGCUAGACUUGCUAAAGAUUCGGACCAAGUUGAUUGGAGACCCCGGCGUCGUCUUGUUGUUAGCUCGGAACCUUGACUACAAUGGUGGUCACGACAAGAGGAACCCGGAAUGGAUAUUCAAAUCCACAGGAGAUGGUUUGAUUCAGAUCGUAGCCACCAAACAUCAACCUCUAGGGAACACCGGCCCGCCAACACCGCGGCUCACACUAGAGGGUAUGGACGACAAAGUAUCCAAGCUUUUGGACAUUAUCUCAUCGACUCUUACCGACGAAAAGAUCUCUUUGGGCUUCCUAGAACUGUUCAAGAGAUGGAGCGAGUCCGCACGGCGUUCAAACGUCGACGGUAUCGCCGUCAAGCAGGAAGAGGAGGAGGAGGAUCCAUGGGCUCGAUUUGGCGAGACCAAGGUGCUCCAAGGUAUGAUGCAGAGGUUCCCCGAGAAGCUUGCUACACAGCCGAAGCACGUCCUUGUUCUCGUCAGCCAGAUACUAGGUUCCCCGGGAGAUAGCCCAGACGGCGACGACAAGGUAACCGGCGUGGCGCUCAGCCUCCUCAGCACCGUCAUCACCGCCUCUGGGUUUCAAAAAUCUCAAGUCGAUGCGGAGGUUCUUACCGUAAUCGAGUCGUCCCUCGAUAGGCUCUCCAAAGCCAGCACCGACCUCUCUAAAACCGCCUCCAACCUUGGCCUACUCCUCCGCUACCGCGACGAACUCGACCCAGCCGGCCCCACCACCACGGCACCUACCGACCGGCAAGUCGAGGACCGCAAAACCUACAAGCUCGCCAUCUCGUACAUCGUCGACCCCGAGUCCCCACCCCCGGUGCGCUCCGAAGGCCUAAACCUCCUCUCCACCCUAAUCACCGCCCACUCCUCCAUCCUCGACAUCCCCGGCAUCUUAGUCCUCCUCUCCUCCCUCAUCGCCGACACCGACGAGUACAUCUACCUGCGCGUCAUCAAGCUAUACACCCAACUCUGCGACGCCCACCCCAAAUCCGUCGUCCACGAGAUCACCGAGGGCUUCUUCGACACGAACGAGGCCCGCCCGCUCGACGCGCGCCUGCGCUUCGGCGAGGCCCUGCUGCAGGUCAUCCAGCGCCUGGGCGAGACCUUUGCCGGCGCGCUCGCGCACGAGACGGGCGUCGCGCUGGUCGCCGCCGCCGGCCGCCGCGCGCGCAGGCCCAAGACGGAGGCGCGACAGCUCGCCGCGGCCAAGGCGCGCGAGAAGAGGAAUCGGGAGGCGGCCGAGGCGUGGGAUGGCGAGGUGCCGGAUAUGGGGGACGAUGAGGAGGAGGAAGAUAUAACGGCGGAGGAGAAGCUCCGGGAUGAGGUUCUUGGGCGGAUCGUGGAAGGGUGGGAUGGCAAGCAGGGCGCCGAGGAUGUCAGGGUGCGCGCGUCGGCGCUGUCGAUCCUCGGCGCGGCUGUGGAGGUCAAUGUCGCUGGGCUGGGUCGCGACGUGGUGGCGGGCGCGGUGGAUCUGUGUGUGUCGGUGCUGCAGAUGGAGAAGGAGGUGGAGAAGGGGAUCUUGAGGCGGGCUGCUGUCGUGUUUGUGCUGAGUUUUGUGAGGGCGUUGGACGAGGCGCGGGAGAAGGGGAGGGACCUGGGGUUUGGCUUCGGUAACCUGGCCCAGGAGGACGUCAUGCGGACGUUGAGGUAUGUGGCGGAGACUGAUAAUGAUGGCUUGGUGGUGCAGCAUGCGAAGGAUGUGGUGGAGAGUUUGGAGAACUGGAGGCUGGUGAGGUUCUUGUCGACCGGGUCUGGUCAGGAUCAGGCUCUUGGUGGUGGGCUCACCAAGCUGGCUGGGUUGGAUAUCAAUCCCGGGAAUGGUAACCCGGGGAGUGAUGAUCCGGGUGAGGGUAGCUCCCGACCUAAGAAGCCUCGUAUUGAGGAGAUCGAGUAGAUAAAUGGGCAAAAAAGGCCGAACUCCAAGUGCAGAUGUCGACUAUGGAAUCUU